UAUCGACCAAUCAUUGAAUGCCAACAAUUAGUGCACUCAAUGGCGAUACUGUUAUAACACUAAUACUAAUACAUUGACUGACAUUCAAAUUGACGGAACUCUCAAUAUAUUCAAUCAAUUUAUUGGACAUUCAUAUAGUAAUUCAUAAUUCACUUAUUAUUUGUCUAAACAUUCAAAUUUAAGUUUUGAAUACAUUGAAUACUUUUUUAAAAUCAAUAAAUAAAAUGCCUAUUGAUGUAAAUAUUAAUGAAGUCAAUGGUGUUUCAAACAGUCAAGCUUCAAAUGUGUUUUAUCAAGAUAAUUUGGUUACACGUGCUAAACGUGCUAAAACAUUGGGCAAUGAAUUCAGGGGAUGUACCAUAUGGUUGACAGGUUAUUCCAGUGCUGGCAAAACUACAAUUGCUUUUAAACUGGAAGAAUACCUGUGCAAACAUAAUGUGUUUACUUAUGCAUUAGACGGGGAUAACAUCAGACAAGGACUCAAUUCAAAUCUUGGAUUCAGUGCUGAGGACAGGAGUGAAAACAUUAGACGCAUAGCAGAAGUGGCCCGACUUUUUGCAGAUUCCGGAGCAGUAGUGUUGACCAGUUUUAUCAGUCCGAUCCGUAAAGACAGGGAUAAUGCCCGCAAUAUCCAUAAAAAAGAUGAUUUGCCAUUCUUUGAGGUAUUCAUUGAUACACCGCUUGAAGUAUGCGAACAACGAGACGUAAAAGGACUUUAUAAGAAGGCACGGGCCGGUCAUCUGACCUGUUUUACCGGUAUUGAUAUGGACUACGAGAGUCCACAAAAUCCCGAUUUGCGGCUCCAAACUAAUGAACUGACAAUCGAUGAAUGCGUACAACGAGUUGUAGAUUUCCUUAUUGAAAAUAAAAUCAUUUCCAAAGAGUUAACACCAGAUAUGAAUGAACUAUUUAUACCAAAUUCAAAAUUAGAUGAUUACACAGUUCUAAGCAAUAGUUUAGUACAAAUUAACAUAACUGAAGUCGAUUUGCAAUGGAUUCAAGUGCUGUCUGAGGGAUGGGCGCCUCCUUUAAAAGGAUUUAUGCGCGAACGGGAAUACCUACAGUGUAUAAACUUUGGACUGUUAGUCGAUAAGGGCAUCAAAAAUCAAACCAUACCUAUUGUGUUGGCCAUUAGCGAUGAGGAUAAGGAACGUCUCAAUGGCAAAACAAAUGUUGCCCUCAAAUACGGCGAUCAAUUAGUAGCCAUUCUCGAAGAUAUUGAGAUAUAUGAGCACCGAAAAGAGGAACGGAUGGCUGCAGUAUUCAAGACGACCAAUACGGGACAUCCGUAUAUCAAAAUGAUUGUGCAAAUGGGAAAUUGGUUAUUGGGUGGUGAUCUUCGUGUGUUUCAAAGAGUCCACUGGAAUGAUGGACUCGAUUGUUAUCGUUUAUCCCCUCAAGAGAUUAAACAGAAACUUAAGGAAAUGAAUGCCGAUUCCGUGUUUGCGUUUCAAUUGCGGAAUCCCAUACACAACGGUCAUGCAUUGCUAAUGCAAGAAACCCGACGCCAACUGCUGACCAAAGGCUACCGAAAUCCUGUAUUAUUGUUGCAUCCAUUGGGUGGUUGGACUAAGGAUGACGACGUGCCACUUAAAACACGUAUACUACAGCAUCGGGCCGUACUCGAUGAUGGUGUACUUGAUCCGAAAACCACAUUAUUGGCUAUAUUUCCAUCGCCGAUGUCAUACGCCGGUCCGCGUGAAGUUCAAUGGCACGCAAAGGCUCGUCAAGUUUGUGGCGCUAAAUACUAUAUCGUAGGUCGAGAUCCGGCCGGUCUGCCUCAUCCCGACACCGGUAAAGAUCUAUACGAACCUACACACGGGCAGAAAGUACUGCAAAUGGCUCCGGGAUUAAAUGAUCUGGUUAUCAUACCUUUCCGUGUAGCCGCUUAUAAUAAGAAACUCAAAAGAAUGGACUUUUACGAUCCGACUAACAGUGCUGACUAUGAGUUCAUAUCGGGUACCAAAAUGCGGACAUUUGCCAAAACAGGUUUUGCACCGCCAGAAGGGUUUAUGGCUCCAAAAGCGUGGAAAGUGUUGUCUGACUAUUACAAGAGCUUACAGUUAUAUUAACCCAUUUUUUAUUUGUUGUUUUAUAAGAAAUAUCUACUGUAUUGUAUAUUUUGCAUAUUUUCUAAAAWUCAUUAUUUAAAAAUAUAUUUA